GAGACGCCGACACGACGUACGACGAGUAUUUUCGUUUCGAACUUAUCGAGCUCCGGAAUGCAAUUUAAUUUUUGUUAUCGUGUUACUCGUUGUAUAUAGACAGUUUUAUAGACCAAAUUUUAUAUAAAAUGUGUCUCUUGAAAUAAAUCAUUAUCAUGGUUUGGAGAACAUAACGAGAACGUGCCGGCUGCUGAUGUAGAAGUGCGCGUAACAGGUCUUUGCAUAUCCUGUCGAGUGGCGACCGGCGACCGGCGACCGGCGAUCGGCGAUCGGCGACCGGCGACCGGUGACCGGCCUCCAAAAACGGCUUUUAAAUGUCCGGCUUGAUGAAGUUGACCGGAACGCACCAAGGCAGAAAAAGAUCGGUGAAUCCAAAAACUUGAUUCGGCUUGUAUUCGGCUUAAAACUGUCGAGUUAUACCAUCGUCAUCAUGCAUCGUCGUCAUCUAAUUCACGACGAACAAGUGACAGUGAUUGAAAAUUUGCGCGUGCUCGCGAACGAUCUAAUACGAAAAGAAUCACGAGAAUUAUAAGAUCCAAGCUACAUCGGAGCUUGCUUCCAGCUCCGUUCUUCCCAUUCAGGCACGUCGCAUUCAUCCGGUGCGCGGCACAGCGCGGGGCAGCGCGGCGCGGGAGCAACAGCAGCCAAUACGCACGCAUACCUAUAUAUAUGCGAACAAUUGGAAGAAGAAAGCGCGUCCGGUUCGCGUUUUGUCCCUUAACGUGUGUUGUUUCCUUCGGAAUAUCCAGCUCCAGCUAGAAGAAGAAAAAAUAGUGAUACCACAUAGUGAUCGCCGAUCAUUAGCGUUCUUCCUGACUCCGAGGUGGAGCAGCCACGAAAAUAAGAACGAGAAGGGAUUACGAAAUGCCGUGAUGUCGUGUGCCAAUGGGAGAGGAAUGCCGAUGCCGGCGCGUUGACGCGGAUCUGUUCCUCUUCCCCUGGUGGAGGUCGUCUUCGAGUGUCGCGGGAUGCAACCCGGGCACCGGGACGUCAUCCGGACGAGUUCGAACGGUUGGCGAUCGACCAGGCUGUUCUGACGAUCACCACGAUCACUCGUCUCUCCGCGAUUCGUUUCUCCGAAUCUCCGUAUCUCCGUAUUUCUCAUUCGGGUUUCAGAACGAGAAAGAGGAUACGGUUAAAUAGGACAGGGAUUCAGCGUUCCAGCUGAAUCGUCCGGGCGGUGAUCGGGAAGACGCGUCGGGGGAAGACCAGCAGGAUGACAACGAUACAGAAUUGCGGCGGCAGUUCGUCAAGAUGCGCGAAGCGUGCCUUCGUCUUCGUGUUUGCCUGGGGAUUGCUGAUGAUCGCGGCGGUACAGUUCCGUCACUUGGAGAACAGGGCUUUGCGUCAAGAUGGUAGUCCUACCGGCGAGGAUGGCAUCGGUAACCCGGUGGAAGCCGAUGGCAUCAGCAACGAUCGAGGUGCAAGCCAGGGUUUUUCAGGGAGCUUGAGUCUGUCCCGAUAUCUCUUGCAAAGGUCGUCAUUGGGCGAUCUUACCAAUUCUGGCGGUAAUGGCGCCCUGUUGACCACCCUGACUACUCUUAGAAACCGUUUAGAAGCGACGACGAGUCCGUUCGAGCUGGAACCGUUGCUGGAUAAGAGACCUGCCAAGACCGAGCAGCAAUUGAUCGAAGAGAUCGCCGAGAGAAUACCGAGUCUACCGCUAAGCGAUUGGUCGAAAAAUAGCAGACUGACAAAACGGGGCAACGAGAGCUGUGCGAAAUACCCACAAAUCUACGAUCUGGAGUUUAACAAUAUCUAUUGGCAAACCCUGCGAACCAGCAACGGCACUUUCCAGUUUUUCGGCGCGUUCUACGACAAUCGGAAGUUAUCCAAGAUCGGGCCGGCGGUGAGGAUCGUUGGCAUGAUCGAUCGGAUUGAACCGAUCGUGAAGACGUAUUGUCAGUUAUGGUACGAGGGCGAGAGCGAGCCCAAGAUCAUCGAGACGCUCGAAUACAAGUACAUUUGGUAUCCUAAAUGGGGCAAUUACAAGCAGGGCAUUUAUCAGCCAUACGUGAUAGCAUGUAGGGUGCCGCCGCAAGCGUAUGGCAAACCACCGUCGUCCGUCUCCAUCGUGGAGAAGCGUUGCGACACGGCCACCAACCAUCUCCGAGUGAUUUAUAACAAGCCCGAGCGCAAGAAAGAUUUUGCGGUGUGCGUAAAGGGUCUGGACUUUCUGCACGAGGAUCUAUCGGUCCGACUGGUCGAGUGGAUCGAACUCAUCAGCCUACUGGGUGCCGACAAGAUCUACUUCUACGAGCUGCAGGUGCAUCCGAACGUGACCAAGGUGCUGCGGCAUUAUCAGCGUCUGGGUAUAGUGCACGUGACCCCGUUGACCCUGCCGGGCGGACAGCCUAACGUGCCCGCCUUCCAGCACAUGUACCUCACGAAGAAGACCAAUCACAAGCGGCAGAACGAGCUGAUACCCUACAAUGAUUGUCUGUACAAGCAUAUGUACGAAUACGAGUAUAUCGCCCUGUUGGACGUCGACGAGGUGAUUAUGCCCGUCAAGGACGCGACCUGGCAAGAGCUGAUGCGUCGGGUGUUGCCCAAGGCCCUGCAAAUACGGAACGAGACCCGCGCCUCGUAUAACGUCAGAAACGUCUACUUCCUCGACGACCUACUGCACUCUCACGGUUACUUCAAGGACAUACCCAAGUAAGUAAGGUUUCCACUUUCACGCCGCGCAAAUCGACCGUCCGUGAAGGGAACGCGAAAAGGUGCUGGAUGGCUCUCGCACCUCGCGCCGCCGGUUGUCGGCGUAUCGUAUCACGAUUCACGACUCUGUUUUAAUUCGUCUAAUUGUAAAAUCGCGACGGAGGAAUAGAAAAUUCGAUAAUCGAUUGAAUAUGUCUAUCUUUUUGUGAUAAUUGCAAGAGGUAAAAUAUGCAAUUCGUGCUGAGGUAAAUAUGUGUAUGUUCUAAUUUUCGUUUUAAUAUUAAUAUCGCUGAAAUAAUUAACUUUUAGAAUGUGAAAGACUUGGAUUGUUAUAGUUUUGCUACAAGAAAAAAGUGUUUCCACAUUUAUC